AAGAGACGAGACGGCCGAGGCAGACGGAGCAGCAGCAGCAGCAGAAAAGAAGAAGAAGAAGAAGAAGAAGAAGGAAGCAUCAUGAACAGUCUGAUGAAGGGAUUCAGCGCUGCCAAGGGCGGAGUGGUCGCCGCCGCCGAGAAGACGAAGGCCGGGAUGGAGGAGGCCGCCGCCAAGACCAAGGAGGGGGUCAUGUAUGUCGGAAACAAGACGAUGGAGGGAAUGGUGACCGGCGUUAACACAGUGGCCCAGAAGUCCACCGAGCAGGCCAACGUCGUGGCCGACACCGCCGUCUCCGGGGCCAACGAGGUGGCCCAGGCCGCGGUGGACGGGGUGGAGAACGCGGCGGUGGCGAGCGGAUUCGUCAGCGCGGUGAGUGAUGUCACAUCACAUGACCUCAGACUGUUAGCUUUGUAA